UGCGGAGCUGGUAUACGUCGCCGGGAAGACGUGUUGGCGCAACCUCUCAGCAAGUACACCAGGUACAUACGCGCAGAAUGGGAAGCAUUUCGCCCAAAACCCGCUUCCCCAUCGUCCUUGGGGCCGGGUUGAUCGGCAGCCCCGGGCUAUUCGAAGGAGCAACGGUAACCACGGUGAAGGAUGUCGAGGCCCUCCUGGACACCUUCCAGGCACACGGCCACACCGACGUCGACGUGGCUCGCAUCUACGGCUCCGGCUCCGCAGAGACACUUCUCGCCGCGGCAGACUGGAAGGGACGAGGACUGGUCGUCCGGGACAAGCUGUAUCCAACCAAAAGAAGGCCGAUGGCGCAUCUGGGAACAGCCUAUACCCUGGAGCCGGCCGAUGUGCGCAGAGGGCUCCUCGACUGCCUGAAAGCGUUGAACACGCCGAAACUCGAUCUGUUCAUCCUCUACGCGCCUGAUAGACAGGUCCCGGUGGAGGAGACACUGCGCGAGGUGAACAAGCUGUACGAGGAAGGGCUGUUUUCACGGCUGGGCAUCAGCAACUACAUGGCGUGGGAGGUGGUGCAGAUCAUGGAGCUGUGUGAGAAGAACGCCUGGGUCAAGCCGUCUCUCUACCAGAGCCUGUACAACGUCCUGCAUCGUGCCAUUGAGCCAGAGCUGGUCCCCUGUCUGCGUGCGUAUAACCUGCCCCUGCACGUUGGCCAGCCUCUGUGCGGUGGAUUCUUGACCUCGAGAUACCGUCGUGAUAUGCCCGAGUCAGAACACAAGCCCGGCUCGCGGUUUGAUCCCCAGACUUUCCAUGGGAGACAUCACCGGCACCGCUACUGGAACGAUGCCUACUUCGACGUGCUGGAUACGAUUCGGGAGACUGGUCGGAAGUAUAACCUGACCGAAGUGCAGUGUGCCUUGCGGUGGUUAAGUCACCAUAGCCUGCUCCGGCCGGAGUGUGGAGAUGCCAUCUUGGUCUGUGGCAGUGAUCCGGCGCAGCUAGAGGAGGAUCUGCUGGCCCUGGAAGAGCCGCCUUUGCCGGAGGAAGUGGUCCAGGUGCUGGAUGAGGGUUAUGCAAAGGUGAAAGCAGUCGUGGGGCCUUACUAUCACUAGGGUUCGGGUUGUUGCACGUUGCACUGUACUUCUCUCGUAGUCCAGAAGGAACCGUACGGAAUCCAGUUUCAUUAGAGAAAGACACAUUCGCAUUGACC